UGUUCAUAUUUAAGAGUAAAGAAUGACAAGGAUGAAGUCCACACAAGUCUGGUAAUGGCCAAAGCAAGAGUAGCUCCAACAAAGGUAACAAGCAUCCCAAGGCUAGAGCUUUCAGCCGCCGUGUUAGCAACCAAACUAAGUGUCCUACUGAAUCGUGAGCUUGAAAUGAAAAUUGAUAAAGAAUUCUUCUGGACGGACUCACAAGUCGCACUGGGAUACAUAAACAACGAGGCACGUAGAUUUCACAUCUUCGUCGCAAACCGUGUCCAGUUGAUCAGAGAGAACACAGAUCCCAACCAGUGGCACUACGUCGACACAGUAGAGAAUCCAGCAGAUCAUGCCUCCAGAGGCCUUCAGGCAACACAAAUCCGUACAUCAAACUGGCUUCAAGGACCCAAAUUUCUCAAAGAACAAGAGGUUCAUCCUGAAACUAACAUCAUAAGGGAGCUGCUUGUUGGCGACCCUGAAGUUAAAGUGAUUCUAGCAUGUACCACCAAGUCCAGCGACAGCUCAGAUCUCCUUAACCGUCUAAGUCAAAUCCCUUCAUGGACUAAACUCGUAAAGGUAGUCGCAAGAAUCAAGAGACUAAGAUCCAAACAACCGCACACAGAGCUGGUAACAGUCACGGAGAGAGAAAAGGCUGCUGAAAUCAUCCUAAAUCUCGUUCAACAGCAAGCAUUCUCCAAGGAGUUGAAGACAAUCAAGAAGGGAGAGUGUCUACCACGCUCAAGCUCUCUUUCCUGUCUUGAUCCAAUCUUGCGGACAAAUCUACUCUGUGUUGGUGGGAGGCUGAAGAAGUCAACACUCAGUGAAGAGCUAAAACACCCCAUCAUUCUCCCAAAGGAAGGCCGCGUCACAGAGCUUAUCCUAGCCCACUGUCACACCGAGACCCGCCAUCAAGGAAGAGGCCAAACACAGAUGGAACUCAGGGCAAAGGGGUUCUGGAUUGUUGGUGGGAGCAGAUUAGUGGCCGAGUACAUCCACAACUGUGUACAGUGCAGAAAACUAAGGCGACCUACAGAAAAUCAACGGAUGGCUGAACUCCCCGAGGAGCGUGUGGAAGCUUCAGGACCCUUCACAUACAGCGGGAUGGAUUGCUUUGGGCCAUUUAUAAUAAAAAAGACUCGUAAGGAGUACAAAAGAUAUGGCCUUAUAUUCACAUGCCUUGCUUCACGUGCCGUCCAUAUUGAAAUGCUUGAAGACCUGUCCACCGAUUCAUUCCUCAAUGCUCUCAGAUGUUUCAUCAGUCUCAGGGGAGCUGUUCGCCUACUCCGCUGUGAUCAGGGUUCGAACUUCAUUGGAGCCAAUAACGAACUGAAAGAGGCACUCAAACAAUGUGACACCAGACUCCUGGAAUUAUUCCUGGCCGAUCAACAGUGUGAGUUUGUCUUCAAUACUCCCGCAGCAAGUCAUACAGGUGGCGUCUGGGAGAGACAGAUAAGGACUGUGAGGAACAUUCUGAAGGCCACUCUUGCUCAGUGUCCUGGAAGACUGGACGAUCCCUCACUCAGAACGCUUUUCUACGAAGCAAUGGCCAUUGUCAAUAGUCGUCCCCUAACGAUCGAUGGAAUCAAUGAUCCCAAAGCACUCGAACCACUCACACCCAACCAUCUCAUCAUGAUGAAGUCAAAGAUCCCUCUACCGCCACCUGGGAAAUUCGUGAAGGAGGAUAUGUAUGCUUCCAAGAGAUGGCGCAGAGUCCAGUACUUAAUAGAGCAGUUCUGGGGGCGCUGGAAAAGGGAGUACCUAAUGAACCUCGCAAUCAGACAAAAGUGGCUCAAACCACGUCGCAAUUUCAAAACCGAUGACAUCGUCAUAAUCAAGGAUGACAACCUCCCCAGAAGCCAGUGGCUAUUAGGAAGAGUCGUGGAAGCCAUUCAAGGGAGUGACGGAGUUGUCAGAAAGGUCAAAAUCCAAACCGGAGAACACAAACUGAAAACACAAGGUCAUUCAUCCAAACCUUCGAUCAUCGAGAGGCCAAUUCAGAAAUUAGUGCUUCUUCUCGAGAAAGAAUAAACUUUUCAAACUAAUAUCAGUUGCAGAUUAGGUGGUUGUAAUCCUGCAUUUGUAUUGAGGAGGUUCAAGGCAGGAUUAGGUGGGAGUGUAAAUGCAGCUAAUCUGCACAAAAUACUAUGUCUUAUGUUUUAAAUAAUUCUGUUCAAUAUAAAUGUAACUGUUAAACAAGAUAGAGCAAUGUUAUAAGAGCCUUUAUUUUGUUGAAGUAUCUCAAGUCGUCAGAGGGUGGCACUGUGUUACUAGACCAUGCACGCACGUUAGCCGAGGAAGUCAAGGCAAAGCUCAGACACAGCAGAGAACACUGAACAUUGCCUCGUUCCUUUCCCACACUAAAAACGAACUUUGGAGCCUGAUUCAUGAAGGAAAAUUAAACACAACGGUUUCAGGUAGUUUUAUUACCCUAUGUGAAAUAUUAUCUCGUGAUAUUGAAACGUUUUUUUUUGUGCUUUGUUCAAGCACAUUUAGCUAACUUUUCAUGUAGCUAACAGAGCACAUGUCUGUUUUCCUAGAGUGUCGCAGCUGCAGCUUUCACGCUUAGACCAUCAUUGUUUAGCACCCUUGGUCGGCGGAAUAAGUUUUCACGAUGCUCAGAGAGGAGAAGGCGAAGGUGGAGAAAAAUAAAGGCAACUAGAGCAUCA